UCUCUCCCGCCGUACGUGUGUGGGAGGAAGCAAAGUUACCCAGCUAAAAAGGUGGCAGAAAAGAUGGAAACAACAGGUAUGAUGACUGCUCUACAAGCUUGUCUAAGGAUGUUAUAUGGAACCCUGCUCCUCUUGAGCCUGUGCUGUAGUGCCCAGGGGCUGGAUGUAAAAGGUUACGAGGGUGGAACAGCACUGCUGCCGCUCAGCAGUUUUCCCCAGUUUGACAGCGGCAAGGACUUGUAUCUUGUCAUCGUUCGGGAAAGCGGGGACGUGACACGGGUUCUCGAGUGGACAACAAGAACUUUGCUGUGGACAGCAGGGAUACUAAUACCCCAGUUUGAAGGUAGGAUGUCCCUGAUACAUGCAGGAGGCCCUGGUCAGCGGCCAGGGCUGCCCAAUGCUGUCCAAAUCAGGAACACGAGACCAGGUGACUCUGUGACAGACGGCUACUUCCAGUUUCGACAACCAGGUGGUUCACAAGGACAAGAAAUGGGCUUAACUGUCUUUGCUAUCACUGUAACAGCCUCACCCAACCCAGCAACCAUUGGUCAGCAGGCAACACUUACCUGUUCUGUGGAUGGCGGCCGCCCUGACAGUUUUUCCUGGACCCGCGAUGGCCAAGCCAUUCCUGGGACCCAAAACACACAUGGAAAUCUGAUUGCUACGUUCACUGUUGGACCAGACAGUGGUGGAAGUUAUGUCUGUGAAGUGAGUGGGAGUAUUGGACAAGGACAGAAAAGCAUUAUGCUUCAAACUGACUCUACCAUGACAACCACCACGGCCACACCUUUUUCUACACCACGUAUAACGACAGCCUUCGCCUCCACCACAGCUCCACCGGUUUCAUCCUCAGCAGUGGAGGCCUUUUCAUCGGGGAUGUUUUCAAAACCAAAAACAGUUAUGCCCGCAAGUCAGACUCUAGGGGCGAAGACAGUACAACAACCCAACUUACCCAGGGAUGGACAAGGUUUUGGAACAGGAAGCAUAAUUGCUUGUGUGUUUGGAGUGCUGAUUCUGGUCCUGAUAGCUAUUAUUGGAGGCUGCUUUUGGAAGAGGAGAAAGAAAUCCAAUCCAACAUCAGAAGAACAUGCAGUAAAUGGAAAUACAUGUACAGGACAACAACAACCAAUGAUUUUACAUCACGUCAAUGAAUUUGAUACAGGUACAAGAGCACCGAUCGACCCCCAUCAGCUGUCCCUUCCCAUCCAAGUCUCCUCCCUCCGUAGCUCUUACGAGGAGGAACAGAACACCAUCAACUCCAGACGGCCCCUGCUGCCCAAGAAAAGGCCAACCCUUGAUACAAGCGACCAUCCUUCUCCACCUGGUCAUCUUGAUGAAGUUGAGGACGUAUUGCUAUCGACCCCUACACCUGCGAACUGUCUUCCUGACCAAAGUAUCCAUCUCAACGAGGUAGCAUCAUUGAACAAUGGGGCAGCUGGUCCGCAGGCUUCAGAUGACAACACAGAUCCAAAAGCUGCGUCUUCUACAAGACCCGUCGAGAGAUCUACUGAGCAACAAUCCCCUACAAACACCCGACAGACAUUCUCGGAUGCCAGUAGGUCCGUGAGUUUGGACGAGUCGACCCCCACCGUGCCUCAUAGUCUCUGCUCCGACCAACCCAACUCCAGGAGGUGCCCCUCGCUCCAAGACAUGAUAAGCUACAGCACCGGAUCUGAAACCACGCAAAACAACAUUCCAACGAAUCUGACAAAGCUGUCUUCCAACGGGCAAAACAAAAAACCACAGCAUCGACCAAAAAAGGCGACAUCUAGCAGUAAAAGCACUCAGCCAAAAAGUGGGUCCUGUACAAGUUUGGAGACGAGGAUGGAAGAUACCAUGGAGGAGAACAGCAGGGGUGGACAGGUCUCCAACCAAGAGGGACAGAAAUCUAGAUCUAGAGUCAGCGCUUCAGAUGUACGAGAGCUAAGCCUGGGUGGUAACGAGGUGGCUACCACAAUUGACCAGAUGAUCAGGAAAGUCCUUGUCGAUGAGGGACACUUGGACAUCCCAUACCACAAGUUUACUGAGCUGUGUUUGCAGCUGUACAACACACAGAACAACUGGAAAAUCCUGGCAGACAGGCUUGGACUAACGAAUGGAGACAUACUACUGAUCGACAACUGCAGUACCCAACACAACCUCCUGGCGGCAGAGAUUGUGUUGCGUCACUGGCAGCGAACAUCGCGACAAGACAGAACCAACCCCUGUACCGUACACAACCUCAGGACCAUCCUACAAGACAUGGGGAGGGCAGACCUAGUGGACCUUCUGCAGAAAUAAUCAAUUGUAGGUUGAAUUUAGAGUUGCUGACUUCAAAUGUUAUAUAAAC